AAACUCUGGCACUUUCAGACGCGAGAAUAAACGUUGAGGAACUAUCUGUAGUGUCUGACAAUUAUAGUGGCCAUCAAAAAUGGCAGCAUACACAUUACCGGAGGGAUUCUCCGAUUUUGACAUGUUUGCAUUCGGUUCAGCUCUUCUUGUUGGGGGUCUUGUGGGAUUCUUCCUCAACGCCGUUUCAAUAUUGGCCUAUAUUAGCGUAAAGCAAAUGCGAACUCCCAGUAAUUUCCUUGUCUUUAACCUCGCCGUGGCUGACAUUAUGCUCAAUACAACCGGCCUGAUCGCUGCAUACGCCAGCUUAUCGUACAGACACUGGCCCUGGGGUCAAGACGGAUGUAGCAACCACGCUGUCAUAGGGAUGACAGCAGUUCUGGCCUCUAUCAGCUUCCUGGCUACCAUCGCCUGGGACAGAUAUCACCAAUAUGUCACCAAUCAGAAGCUGUUUUGGAGCACGGCCUGGACUUUUUCUAUCAUUAUCUGGGGGUUGGCCAUCUUCUGGGCGGCCGUCCCUCUGACUGGAUGGGGAGUGUAUGACUUUGAGCCAAUGAGGACGUGCUGCACUCUAGACUACACCAAAGGAGACAAAGACUACAUUACCUAUAUGGGGGCCCUGACGGUCUUCUACCUUAUCUUCCCUGCUUAUGUCAUGAAGUCCAAUUACGACGCCAUUUACGCAUACUUCAAGAAGAUCCACAAGCACAGGUGGAACACCAGCGUACCACUGAGGGUUCUGUUGUUCUGCUGGGGACCCUACGAAGUCAUGUGUAUCUACGCCUGCUUUGGCAACGCCAAACUGGUCUCUCCAAAGCUGAGAAUGUUGCUUCCUGUUUUGGCGAAAAUGAACCCUAUUUUCAAUGCUUGGCUCUAUUCCUUUGGGAACGAGUUCUACAGAGGAGGGGUGUGGCAGUUCCUGACUGGCCAGAAGUUUACAGAGCCCGUCGUUGUGAAGUUAAAAGGAAGAUAAAGGAAAUUAUUGUUAGUUACAGUCAUAUAAUUAGAACGGUCCGAGUUUCUAUACCCAUUUUACUCAUUUGAAUUCUAUGGUUACAGUACCAUACAUAGAAUUAGAAUGUUCCAUGUUCCAUUCUACUCAUUCUAAUUCUAUGGUUACAGUACCGUACGUAGAAUUAGAAUGUUCCAUGUUCCAUUCAAUCAUUCUAAUUCUAUGGUUACAGUACCAUAAAUAGAAUUAGAAUGUUCCAUGUUCCAUUCUACUCAUUCUAAUUCUAUGUUUACAGUACCAUACAUAUAAUUAGAAUGCUCCAUGUUCCAUUCUACUCAUUCUAAUUCUAUGGUUACAGUACCGUACAUAGAAUUAGAAUGUUCCAUGUUCCAUUCUACUCAUUCUAAUUCUAUGGUUACAGUACCAUACAUAGAAUUAGAAUGUUCCAUGUUCCAUUCAACCAUUCUAAUUCUAUGGUUACAGUACCAUACAGGCCAUAGAAUUAGAAUGUUCCAUGUUCCAUUCAAUCAUUCUAAUUCUAUGGUUACAGUACCAUAAAUAGAAUUAGAAUGUUCCAUGUUCCAUUCUACUCAUUCUAAUUCUAUGUUUACAGUACCAUACAUAUAAUUAGAAUGCUCCAUGUUCCAUUCUACUCAUUCUAAUUCUAUGGUUACAGUACCGUACAUAGAAUUAGAAUGUUCCAUGUUCCAUUCUACUCAUUCUAAUUCUAUGGUUACAGUACCGUACAUAGAAUUAGAAUGUUCCAUGUUCCAUUCUACUCAUUUUAAUUCUAUGGUUACAGUACCAUACAUCGAAUUAGAAUGUUCCAUGUUCCAUUCUACUCAUUCUAAUUCUAUGGUUACAGUACCGUACAUAGAAUUAGAAUGUUCCAUGUUCCAUUCAACCAUUCUAAUUCUAUGGUUACAGUACCAUACAGGCCAUAGAAUUAGAAUGUUCCAUGUUCCAUUCGAAUUCUAUGCUAAAGACCAUAUUCAAACAACGUCUUCAUCAUCAUACACUCUCAUUGCAGUAGGUUUCACAUUGGAAGAAUGCUGUCUGUACAAGGUUGUAGAGUAAAUCUUAAUUGUUUAUUUAGUCGGUUUGGGAUACCAUAUGCCAAUGUAGCUUGUCAAUAGCGAUAUGGGGAUUGUCCAUUCAAAUAGACUUUGGGGAGAGGCACCUGUUCUUAGGUUGAAUGAUGUAUCAUGAUUUACUAGAAAUGAAUGACUAGACACUCAUUGACUUAUGUUUUAGUAGAAAAACCACAGUGCUCUUAAAAUGACAUGUUCGUGUUGAGUGAUUUUUUGAAGGAAGUAAAAACCAGUGUAAUCAACUUAAAGUGGAUGAGACUGAAUUUUAGUGGAGUCAUGAUAAUGUAAAACAGAUUUGAUAUCCAAUAGCUUUACUUCUAGAACUUUCCCUGAUGUCCUCCUCUGAUCACUGUCAAUAAACGCAGCGAGGUGUGCUGCCAUGUGCUGCUCUUCAA